AUGGCUUACCUCCACAGUGUAGCUGCCAUUAGUUCAACGGCCAUUCGACUUGGGGCCUUGAUCUUUCUGAGAUGGAUCCCUGGUCCUCCGUUUGGUCCGCUCGUUUUUACUUCACUAGCAGUGUAUCUGUCGUCGCUGUUCUCUUUAAUGAAGGAUGAACAAUCUAAUGAGCCUCGGAGAGAAAAAGGGCGUGAUCGCCCAACUAAGAGCAAGCCAGCAUCUCAUUCAAUCAAACCCGCUGAUUCCGCGCUGAGGACGUUGCUGACAGGGGUGCCAUCUGCCAGUUCCCCGCUAUGGACGUGGACGACUGCAUUAAUUAACGUUGGCUUGGCAUUGUUGACUCUUGAUUUUCUGAUCCGUGGCUUUGUGCUUUACCCUACUACAAAUGCUACAUUUGCACGGAUUGGAUAUGUCUCUCCAACCACGGCCAACUUGGUCUUUCGAGAGCCAGACUUGGCUCAAUUGCCAAUGGUGGUCUCAUAUCAAGAUAUCACCUCUCAAAGCCUUGGAACAUGGGCCGAAGAAGGCAUUGUUUACACAUUGGAUGAGAGCACAGACUUCACUGCUGCAGUGACCUUGAAAGAUUUGAAGCCAUCAACACAUUACCGAUAUGCGCUGUCCAACAACCGGUCUGGGACAUUCCUCACAGCACCAAGACCUGGAUCUCCAGAAUCAAGUCGGCUGUCAUUCGUAACAUCAAGCUGCAUCAAACCAAACUUCCCCUACAGCUUACUCCGACAUCCAUUACGAGUCCCAGGCAUCGAGCAAAUGACCGAAGCUCUGGCCAAAUUGCCAACCCUACUUCGCCCAUCGUUCAUGCUAUUCCUAGGCGAUUUCAUCUACAUCGAUGUACCUAUACGCUUUGGAUUAUCCAUGUCCCAUUACCGCAGCGAGUAUAGACGGAUAUACUCAUCACCAUCAUGGAAGAGCGGCCCACCAGAAGACCGAGCCAUCGACCUACCCUGGAUCCAUACACUAGACGACCACGAAAUCCAAAACGAUUGGGCUAAGGGUAACAGAACAGCCCCAUACCCAGCGGCCGCGGAUCCUUUUAUCCAUUACCACGUAAAAGCCAACCCACCAGUCCCAAAAUCGCCGUUCGCACCCUCAGACAACGUAACCUACUUCGCCUUCAUCCACGGCCCAGCCUCAUUCUUCAUGCUGGACACAAGAACAUACCGGACAGAACCAUCCCACGAAAACUCCACAAUCCUCGGCUACGCCCAGCUCCAAUCCCUCUUAACUUAUAUCUCAACUCCAGAGCCAGCAGGAACACACUGGAAAAUCAUCUCCUCUAGCGUCCCCUUCACAAAGAACUGGCACGUAGGAACAGCAGAUACAUGGGGCGGAUUCAUAAACGAACGAAACAAAGUCUUCGAAGCAAUGUGGCAAGCUGAGCGCACACUCAACGUCCGGAUAGUCCUGCUCAGUGGAGAUCGGCACGAAUUCGCAGCAACUCGAUUCCCUGACCCGGCACUCAAUCUCCCCGCAUCCAGCCUUCAACCUAACACGCCGGGGAUGGGCGUACACGAAUUCAGCGUCGGCCCGUUGAGCAUGUUCUACCUCCCCAUCCGCACAUACCGCCAAACAGACUUCGAGGAUGUGGCAGUGAAGUAUGUACCAGAGGGAAACAGUAAAUUCGGACUUGUUGAUAUUGCGGAAGAAGUGGAAGAUCUGGAACCUGACUCUACGGCACCGGUGCCGGUGCGCAGUUCUGUUCUUACUUAUUCGCUUUAUGUUGAUGGUGUUGUUGUUUGGAAGUAUCGCCUCUUUUUGCCGUUGGAUCCGGAUCAGGAUGGUCGUGCUCUAGCUUCCUUUUCGGAUCAUGAAAGGGCUUUGAGAUUGCCUCCUGGUCGUGUUGUUGAGGAUCGAGUUGAAGAGCAUUGGGGACAUGUUGUUGGAGGUUCUGUUGGGAGGAUCCCUGAGGUUGCCAAGUCCUUUGUUGAGAUGGGAAUGGGGUUCUUUCAUGAUUUUGCAGACCGAGUUCAGCAGACUUGA